AUGGACGUGGACGUGGUCAUAGACGUGGACGUGGACCUGGACGUGGUCGUGGACGUGGACGUGGACGUGGACAUGGACGUGGACUUGGACGUGGACGUGGACGUGGACGUGGACUUGGACGUGGACGUGGACGUGGACGUGGACCUGGACGUGGACAUGGUUUUGGACGUGGACGUGGACGUGGUCGUAGACGUGUACGUGGACGUGGUCGUGGACGUGGUCGUUGACGUGGACGUGGACCUGGACGUGGACCUGGACGUGGACGUGGUCGUGGACGUGGACAUGGACGUGGUCGUGGACGUGGACGUGGACGUGGUCGUGGACGUGGACGUGGACGUGGACCUGGACGUGGACGUGGACUUGGACAUGGACCUGGACCUAGACGUGGACCAGGACGUGAACCUGGACGUGGACCUGGACGUGGACGUGGACUUGGAUGUGGACGUGGAUUUGGACGUGGACUUGGACGUGGACGUGGUCAUGGACGUGGACGUGGACGUAGAUGUGGAUGUGGACGUGGAAAUGGACGUGGAUGUGAACGUGGACGUGGAACUGGACGUGGACGUGGACUUGGACGUGGACGUGGACGUGGACUUGGACGUGGACGUGGACCUGGACCUGGACGUGGACCUGGACGUGAACUUGGACGUGGACGUGGAUUUGAACGUGGACUUGGACGUGGACAUGGACGUGGACGUGGACGUGGACAUGGACGUGGACGUGGACGUGGUGGUGGACGUGGUGGUGGACGUGGACGUCGACGUGGACGUGUACAUGGACAUGGACUUGGACGUGGUCGUGGUCGUGGACGCGGACAUCGAUGUGGUCGUGGACGCGGAGGUGGACGUGGUCGUGGACGUGGACGCGGACAUGGACGUGGACGUGGACCUGGACGUGGACGUGGUCGUGGACGUGGACGUGGUCGUCGACCUGGACGUGGACGUGGACGUGGACGUGGACGUGGACCUGGACGUGGACAUGGACUUGGACGUGGACGUGGACAUGGACGUGUACGUGGACGUGGUCGUGGACGUGGUCGUUGACGUGGACGUGGACCUAGACGUGGACCUGGACGUGGACGUGGACGUGGACGUGGACAUGGACGUGGACAUGGACGAGGGCGUGGACGUGGACGUGUACGUGUACGUGGUCGUGGACGUGGACGUGGACGUGGACGUGGUCGUGGACGUGGACGUGGACAUGGACGUGGACGUGGACGUGGUGGUGGACGUGGUGGUGGACGUGGACGUGGACGUGGACGUGGUCGUGGAAAUGAACGUGGACAUGGACGUGGUCUUGGACGUGGACGUGGACGUGGAGGUGGACGUGGACGUGGAUGUGUACGUGGACGUGGUCGUGGACGUGGACGUGGACGUAGACGUGGACGUGGACGUGGACAUGGACGUGGACGUGGACGUAGAGGUGGACAUGGUCGUGGACGUGGACGUGGACGUGGACGUGAACCUGGACGUGGACCUGGACGUGGACGUGGACUUGGACGUGGACGUGGACGUGGACUUGGACGUGGACGUGGACCUGGACCAGGACGUGGACCUGGACAUGAACCUAGACGUGGACGUGGACGUGGACGUGGACGUGGACUUGGACGUGGACGUGGACCUGGACCUGGACCUGGACCUGGACGUGAACCUGGACGUGGACGUGGACUUGGAUGUGGACGUAGAUUUGGACGUGGACUUGGACGUGGACGUGGUCGUGGACGUGGACGUGGACGUAGAUGUGGAUGUGGACGUGGAAAUGGACGUGGACGUGAACGUGGACGUGGAACUGGACGUGGAUGUGGACUUUGACGUGGACGUGGACGUGGACUUGGACGUGGACGUGGACCUGGACCUGGACGUGGACCUAGACGUGAACCUGGACGUGGACGUGGACUUGGACGUGGACGUGGAUUUGAACGUGGACUUGGACGAGGACGUGGUCGUGGACGUGGACGUGGACGUAGACGUGGACAUGGACGUGGACGUGGACAUGGACGUGGACGUGGACGUAGAGGUGGACGUGGUCGUGGACGUGGUGGACGUGGACGUGGACGUGGACGUGGUCGUGGACGAGGAUGUGGACGUGGUCGUGGACAUGGACGUGGACGUGGACUUGGACGUGGACGUGGACGUGGACGUGGUCGUGGACGUAGACGUGGACGUAGACGUGGGCGUGGACGUGGUCGUGGACGUGGACGUGGGCGUGGUCGUGGUCGUGGACGUGGACGUGGUCGUGGACGUGGAUGUGGACGUGGACUUGGUCGUGGACGUGGACGUAGACGUGGACGUGGACGUAGACGUAGAGGACGUGGACGUGGACGUGGACGUAGUCGUUUACGUGGACGUGGACGUGGACGUGGAGGUGGACGUGGUCGUGGACGUGGUGGACGUGGACGUGGACCUGGACGUGGAGGACGUGGACGUGGACGUGGAGGACAUGGACGUGGACCUGGACGUGGACGUGGACCUGGACGUGGACGUGGACCUGGACGUGGACGUGGACGUGGACGUGGACGUUGACGUGGACCUGGACGUGGACAUGGACUUGGACGUGGACGUGGACGUGGAUGUGGACGUGUACGUGGACGUGGUCGUGGAUGUGCUCGUUGACGUGGACGUGGACCUGGACGUGGACGUGGUCGUGGACGUGGACGUGGACCUGGACGUGGACGUGGUCGUGGACGUGGACGUGGACAUGGACGUGGACGUGGACGUGGACGUGGACGUGGACGUGGACGUGGUCGUGGACGUGGACGUGGACUUGGACGUGGUCGUGGACGUGGACGUGGACAUGGACGUGGUCGUGGACGUGGACGUGGUCGUGGACGUGGACGUGGACCUGGACGUGGACAUGGACGUGGACGUGGACGUGGACAUGGACGUGGGCAUGGACGUGGACGUGGACGUGGACGUGGACGUGGACGUGGACGUGGUGGUGGACGUGGACGUGACGUGGACGUGGACGUGGUCGUGGACGUGGUGGACGUGGACGUGGACGUGGACGUGA